AUGGAGCAAACAAAAACAGAAUAGGAAUAUGAAGAGACAGAAGCCGAUGCAAAUGAUAUCUCUUCUCCAGUUUAGUCAAGUUUUUCCAAGAAGUUUUUCAAGUUUUUUGGGAAUACCCUUGGUUUGAAGAAUAUGCUCUCCAAAACAUUUAUUUACCAUUAGCCAAAUCCUACCUAUUUGUUUAAAGAGUAAGAGAACUCCAAUGGGACUAUGUCUUAUUCCUUUUAGCUGAAAAAAGAAUUUAUUCCAUAGCAUAAUGACAUUCCAGAUUAUAUAUCAUAUGAUCUCUACAUGAUGAAUUUUAGGAAUAAGCAAAAAAAAGAUUGCGCAAUUCCAAUCAUGCACAUAAUAAAUUCAAAAACUCUAGGAAACUAGGUGCUUAUAUAUAAUCAUGGAAACAGUAGUGAUUUAGGUACUAUAUUCUAUUCGCUGAUUAACAUGUCUAAAAUUUAUAAGGUAAAUAUAGUUGCUUACGAUUAUAGAGGUUAUGGAAUUUCAAAAGGAGAUAUUAAUGAAGAAAAUACGUACGAAGAUUGCGAGAUGGUUAUGAGCUUUACGUUAUAUAGACUUAAGUACAGAAUUUAUUAGCUUAUUUUAUGGGGGUUUUCCCUAGGAAGUGGUCCGGCAGUUCAUUUAGCAGCAAAAUAUUAAUAUAUAAGAGCUUUAAUUUUAGAAGCGCCUCUAGCAAGUGUAUAUUUAUUCUUAGAAAAUGAGCCUUCUUCUCAGUAUAAUGAUUAGGAAGGAGAUGUCUAUGGUAAUAUUUACAAAAUAGGAAAAGUAAGAUCCCCAAUAAUGAUUAUGCAUGGAAAAAGCGAUGAAGUUAUACCUUAUAAACAUAGCCAGAUUCUUUUAGAAAAGUUUUAGCAAGAAAAUCCCAAUAAUAAAAAAUAAAUCCAGUGUCUUCUCGUUGAAGAACUCAAGCACAACGAUUUAAAAAGUUUGAUAUAGAUUAAAAAGUCUUUAACAGCUACAAAGUUAAAGUAAUUCUUAUAAAAAAUGAUCCAGUAAACAUAAUUUGAUAUGGAGUAUUAUGAACUAAACCCUUAAUUAUACAAGAUAUUGCUAAGAGAAGAAGAAGAUUUAAGUUUUUUAAACAUUCUUCAUAAAAUAAGAUAUAAAGUAGACUUCUGA